AAUGAAUGCAAAAACUUGGAUCAUUAUAUUCGAUGAAACCCCGAAAAAUAGUGUAAUAGUUUUCCUAAUUCGUAUAUAAUUCCAAGCGCCGUUUGAUUUGGAGUACGAACACACACACACAAGAAGCAGAGCCAUGGAGGAAAUCGCUCCAGUUAAUAGUCCUACGACUACUGAUACGCUGCUUCUUCCCCCGCCGCCGCCGCCGCCGCCGCCUUCUUCCUCUGAAACAUCUCCUUCUCAUGAAUUCUCCUUCACCAUAACCUUCCAUUCUCCUCCCGCCACCUCGCCGCCGCUUGCUCCUCCUUCUUCUGAUACUUGCGCUACGACUACUUCGGCGACCGCUAUUGCUUCCUCAGCAGCCGACGAUGAUAUCUUCCUGGGUUGUCAACUCCUCCCGCUCCACCACCUCCUGCCGCCUCCCAGUCCUCCCCGGCCGUCCGACAUCACCUUCGAACACUUCGCCCUCGCCUCCCUCGACCGCGGCGACGAUGCCAUUAACAAAACCCCGAAUCGCCGCGACGAGGUCAGAGGCAAAGCCAGGAGCUUGCUGUCUUCCUUCUUCGGCCUCGCGAACUCGCGGAAAAAGGCGAGCGAAGGGAAAGUUUGCGAGGCGAAGGCGGAGGCGGAGAACGGGAAGAAGAAGAGCAGAGGGCUGGGAGGCGUCAGCCGACUCCUGAAGAAGUACUACGCGAGCGUGAAGGAGCCGCUGCAGUUCUUCAGAGGGGACAAGGAGAAGGAGAAGGAGAAGGAGAGGGGGAGAGAGAAGAAAGAGGAGGUCCUCCGGUGGAGGGGAUUUCGGCGGCGUCCGUGCUCGUUCUCCGGCGAUGCUGGUUGCCGGGAGCAGGGGAAGAGGGGAAAGCAGCACAGGCGGAAAACAGAGCAGGUGCUGUCGGCGCCGAACUCGGCGAGGACGUCGCGGGCCAACAGCGGGGCGCUGGCGGCGGCGCCGUCGUCGGCGUUCUCCUCGUCAGACGGGAGCACGAUGGAGGAGCUGCAGAGCGCGAUCCAGGCGGCGAUCGCGCACUGCAAGAGCUCCCUUGCCAACUCCAAGCAGCAGCAGCAGGGGAAUGGGAAUUUGGCAAUGGUCAGAGGAUGACAUCACUACAAAAAUGGAUUUUUUUUUUUAAAUUUUAUUUUUGCGUUUAUUGUUAAAAUAUUAAAAUUAUUGAGAGAUAUUGUUGACUCAUAUUCUAU